AUGGCACUUGUCACAAAGGCACCGUCGGUGCGCAUCGAGAAGGCUAUACCAUCGCGCCACACCAAGCAACAGACCAAGACCAAGAGUCGAACCUCGAAUGCGUGUGAAGCAUGCAAACGACGGAAGACGAAGUGUACGGGCUCUCCAAGUCCAUGCGAUGUAUGCGUCAAGGCAGAAACGUACUGUUGCUUCAACCCCAAGCUCGACACAAGGAGGAAGGUGGCGUACACCUCUUCCAACGUGCAAGAUCGACAGCAGUUCAUGAUCACGGCCCUCCUCCAGACAAUAAAGCAUACCUCCGAGGAUGACCUACAACAGCUCAUUCGAAAGAUAAGGGGUCCACCCCGGCCGGAUGACGUCGCAGUUUGCCUUCGAAAGCACUUCGAUACGCUUCAGGCAAAGAAUCUGAUACCAAAAAUGGCUUUUGAUAACACCGACGUGAUCUCGUUUGCGCUGCAAGGCCUUUGUGGUCAUCGCAAGGGUCGUCCCCGACCUGCUAAGUCCGAGGAUGAUUCGGAUCUACUUUCACCAACAUCCCAGGCCUCCCUCGCGUCCGAAAGCAAUACGUCGUCAGGAUCAAACACCGAUUUCCUAGAUGACGAGAUCGGUGACAAGAACACAGCCUCUGCCAACACGUCUAUGAAUAUGGACGACAAAGGCGACGGAGACUUUGACAUCAAGCCGUCCGGUAUGUUCGACAUUGCUGUGGCUGAGGCGCAGCAUCAAAGCACAAUGGACAAUCUGGACAGAGACCGCAGCAUGGCCAUGGGCGGCCUUCCCAUGUAUAACAGCCAGAUGGACUUCGGCGACGGAUGUGCACUACCCUUCUCUGCCACAUCAGGUUCGUUCGACGAAACCAUGUUUUCCGGCAUAGACACCACCAUGCCGACAAUGUACCCGCCAUGGCCGUCAGCGCCCCACCACAACAUGCAGAGCUAUCUAAAUAGUCAGUCGUUGAUCGCUGCCGCGUCGAGUCGCCACACUACGAGUGCUUCCCGGAACGUCUAG